UCCAUAUUUUAUCCUAUUGUUCCCACUCCUCUUGCAGACAACCUAAAAAAUGCAGACCCCUAACCUUCUCUGUUCUUCAAAUUGUGUUCCCUCUGCUCAUUCUUCAAUUCUUUUCUGUAAUUUUCAACAAUUCAUAGCUCCAAAACCACACACACAUUCAAAAUUAAGGUUUAAUAUAUUCUCUUGGCUUGGUCAAGUACCCUUGAAUUCUUCACAAAAUGCUACUUGCAGACUAUCUUCUCUGCACAAUUCUGUUACACAGGAUAUUGCAGAAACCAGUCAGAAUGAAUCAGGCUUCAUUGAAGUUGGGUACAUAUCCAGUGUUCAUGGUCUUCAAGGAGAGGUACGGGUAAAUCCAAGCACCGGUUUUCCAGAAUUGCGAUUUUCCACGCCGGGAAAAAGAUGGUUGAGGCAACAAAUUUCGGGGAGAGAGACCAUUCAAGAAGUUAUAUUGGUGGAGGGAAGGGGAGGACAUAAAGGACAGAAGAGUUGGAUACUUAAACUAAGUGAAAUUGACACAGUAGAGCAGGCUCAGCAACUUGUUGGGUCAACUCUGCUCGUUACAGAAGAAGAGAGACCAGACUUGGAAGAAGGCGAGUUUUACACUCGUGAUCUCAUUGGCAUGGAAAUUAUUCUUAAGGAAACUGGUGAAAAUGUCGGAACUGUUGUUAAUGUUUUCGACAGUGGAGCAGGAGACCUUUUACAAGUUAGACUUAAUAGAUCUCCCAAACUGUCUGAUGGAGCUGGAAAACCAGAAUCAGAGAUCCUUGCUUCUGCUCCACUUGUGUGGGUUCCAUUUGUUGAAGCAAUUGUUCCUAAUGUUGACAUGAACAAAAGAGAAAUGUUAAUUACACCUCCAAAAGGGCUCCUUGAGUUAAACAUACGUGCAGAUGAAAGAUCAAAGAAAGAAAGGCGCCAACUUGAAUGGAAAGAGAGAAAGAAGUUUCAGAAACGUGUAGUAGCUGCAAAGAAGAAGUUGAGUGACUUGGAGCAGCAGCAUGUUUUUCAUGGAUUUAGACGUGGAGGAAAAUCCGAGGGGGCCUUACUUGCAAAUCAGAUCGUAGGUGUCAAUUCCAAAUUGCUUCGUUUGGCGUUACAGAAUAUUGAAACAACCUCAAAGAGACGGGAUUUGAGGGAGUAUAUCGAGGCAAAUUUGGCUGAUCAAAUGUUGAUUACCUCAGAAGAGAGCAUCAAAACAAGCUCUAAACUGCUUGAAAAUGGUAAAGUUGCUAUGAUCGUAGUCAUGGAUGACACUGGAAAUCUGGCAAGUGAGUUUGACCACGAAAUCGUUGAGACUUCAAGUACAGAGGACUCUCCAUGCAUGCUUCUACAGUCGCUACUUUCCAACGAUCAUAGAUUGAUAAAAGACCUUAAAUCUGUGCCACUAAUAUGUGUUUCUCCUGCUAAUGUAUUGGGUACUCUUGAAAGCACGUUCUCUGAAAACGAUCACUUCGGUUUUGAUGAAAAGAAGGUCUGGUUCUUAGAAGAAGAGAAGCUGCCUGUGGUUAGUAAGCCUGCUGAAGAGCUUAACAAGCAUAAGAUUUUAAUGCAGACGCCAUGGGAGAUACUUCAAGUACCGGUUGGAUCAGGAGGGGUUAUUAGCUCACUUUCAUCGGGAAAUAUUCUAGAGAAUCUUUCAGUCAUGGGUGUAGAGUAUAUUGAGGUCUGCGCUGCUAACCAGAGAUACUGUGAAAGUCAGUUAGCUGGUGUAGUUCAUGCACGUGGAGCAGAGGUCGGGAUUAGGUACUUCAAGAAUAGGGACAACAAUGAGGAAAAUUUUCACAUGGUCUUCUCAAUGGAUUUCAUGAAAAAGUUGACGAAGAAUCUUGAUAAUCUCUAUCUACAGGCCAUUGAAAAACCAAACGCGCACACAUGCAUGGUGGACAAGGAGUGGGUUGACAUCACUCCCUCGUCUAUGAACUCGUACGAGUUUAAUAGUUCCAUUUAUAGUACAUUGAAAGCUUGUUCAUCAAGUAAAGUUUGUAUCAUAGAGAUUGAGGAGUGAAUGUAUAUCAUGUAAUUUUAGAAAGCCAAUCCGGGGAUAAUAAUAUGAUCAAGGUUGGUACUAUUUUCUGUA